AUGCCAGGCCCACGACAGGGGAAUCGCAGAAAGGACCGGGACACGUUCAACUCCAAACCCCUGCAAAAAACCCGCCAACCCGCAAAGCAACCCGAAAAGCAAUCCGAAAAGCAAUCCGAGCGCCAAACAACCCGCAAACCCAGCACCGACAAGGACAACAAGGACAGCCUAGACUCCGGCCCAAUCGAUCUCUCUACAACCAUCCCCCUCCCCCUCCAACAACUCCUCCUCGACGUCUUCAAAACCGCCCUCCUCUCCGCCCCAGCAAACCCGCCCAAUGGGGAAACCGAACCUCAAGACGAAGCCGCACCCCUCGACAUAAAGUCCCUCAUUCAGACGAUCAAGUCUCAUUUGUACCAGCGGGACUUUGACUCGGCGUUCACAGAGGCGGGCGAGGAUCUUCUGCGCGCGUAUGCGUUGCGCUGGAGCGCCGCGCGGGCGUUGGGGUAUGCGGGGAUUUUCAAGGCCGUGCUGCGAUGGAUGCGGCUCGAGGAGGAGGGGGCUGAGAAGGGAGAUUCGCCGAGCGGGUCGAGCGUGAGGUCAUCGACGAGAGCUGUGUGUCUUGGUGGAGGUGCUGGGGCCGAGAUUGUCGCGUUGGCGGCGGCGUGGCGGGACUUGGAGAUUGAUGCCGGUGUUGCGGCGCUGGCGGAGGGUGUUGCGGGGGCUUCUUUAGAUGAGAAUGAGAGGACGGGUGGCGAGGAGAAUGGUGCUGCUAGUCUCGCUGAGACGGGGACGGCCGUAUCGCAAUCGCAAUCGCAAUCGCAAUCCCCCGGGCUGGUUGUUUCGGCGGUUGAUAUCGCGGACUGGUCUGUUGUGGUGGAGCGGCUGUCAAAGACAGUUACUUCGCCCAAUGUGCCAACGCCGCCGACGUCGACAUUUCAGCCUCCUUUGAUGUCUGGUUGCGAUGGCUCGCAGGAUGAUCGGAGUGGGAUCUCGGUGUCCUUCAGCCGCUCCGAUCUCCUGGUUCUUCCCGAGUCAGAUCUCAAGGAUGUCCUCCUGGGCAGCGAGCACACGGCCUCGGCGUCCACGUCUCUCCUUGUCACACUCAUGUUCACCCUCAACGAACUAUUCUCCACAUCCAUGGCCAAGACGACGGGCUUACUCCUCCGCAUGACAGAAAUACUCCCGUCAGGCGCCGUGCUCCUCGUCGUCGACAGCCCGGGCAGCUACUCAACCCUGAAGCUAGGCAAGGGCAAAGAUGGGGCUGUACAGGAGCGACAGUAUCCAAUGAAGUUCCUACUUGACCACGCGCUGCUUUCUGUGACCGAGGGCAAAUGGGAGCGAGUGUUGACCCAGGACUCGCGCUGGUGGAGGCGGGAUGCGGCCAGACUGCGAUAUGAGGUUGGCGAGGGGGCUGGUUUGGAAGAUAUGCGGUACCAGCUGCAUGUGUAUCGGCGGUUGUAA